AUGUACGCCGGCUUCAACCUCCUCCUGAGACAGAACCUGGCGUAUAGUUCCCUGGAACACUUGGAUAUGACCGAGAAGCAAAUCUGGAUUGCAGCUGUGAAUUGCAGUUCUCCAUGGGUGCCUGCUUGCCUUAUCGGAUCGGCUCAAGCACAGACGCGACCUUUGUUGUCGAGGACGACACCGCGAGAAUCUCAAGCCGCUACGCGUGUUCCAAUAGUCCACCCCACGCUCAUCUCGCAGUUGACGGACCCCCGCAGCAGCAGCAUCGACUAG